CAACUCACCUCAAAUCAAGCUUCUCGUGUCGCUGCUCAAGUCGUGCGUCUCUGUGCCAAGGAGGGUGAUUACAUAGACGCGCUCUACCUGGUCAACUCUGCCUGCGACUCCAUCCUCAAGUCCACAGACAGCCCCAAGCUUCGCAAUAGUCCAUCGAGACGAUUCAGGCCCGUAGAAUUCGGUCAGCCCGUUUCCCCUCGACUUGUCUCGCAUGCUUUCCUCCACGGUCUUCUUCGAGGGGGCUUCGUCAAAAAAGCCACCAUCUAUGCCAGCCUCAUGGUGCAAGCUGGCAUCCCCAUUCGCUCCCAAACAUUAGAAACCAUCACGCACUUGACACACACCUCUUAUCUCCCCAAAUUCGGACCUUUCGCUCGCGUCCUCCCUCGUCGUCAAGAUCUAGCGACUGAUAUCCUCAAGUUACGAAUCGAGGAUGUUCGUAUUCCCCAGACUCGCGCCGCCAUGGAGCUGCUUCAGCACGCUCGCACUUUCGGGCAUCAACGCACGCAGCGCAUGUACCGCAAUAUCUUCGCAACUCUGCUAAUGCAAGGCGAACUCAUCGUGGGCUCGCUCCUCUUCGUCAUGGUUCUCAAAGACUGGGAGCUGCACCGAGCGCAAGAGGCUGUCCAAGAGCCGCCAGCGGAAUGGGUCACCUACGAGCAGAUUGGUCUCUCGCGACCUACCCGUUUCACUGUCCCGAACGCCCCAUAUCCCUACCCAGACCCCCGUCUCAUGGGCAAGAUCCUAGAACGCAUCGAAACCGUCUUUUCCUCCACAGCGAAGAGUGGCAUCAGUUCAGAGCUGGGCACGGCGAUGCAGAGCCUAGCUUUGUUUGCGAUGCUGCUGGAUACCGGACAGCUGAAGACACAUCGAAUAUCCGGGCUCAUCAGCACAAUGUACGCAUGUCCGAAGACAACGCAUCACGUUUGUAUAUGGAGAGAUGGCCAACCUGUGCGGAUUCACGCUUACACCUACUUUCACGCCGUCGUCAAGCGGAUCAUCGACUCUCUCGAAGAAGACCACAUGCCAAGUAGGGUACGUCUGUCACGGAGGUCGUACAACGCUCUCCUUCACUACAGCCUACGGCACUGUCAUUCCUCUACUAUGGCCUCUAGCGUCUUGCAGCACAUGUGCGUCAAAAGGGACCCUCCAGUGGCUCCCGACAUCGUGACAUUCAACAUCUUGUUACGGUCCGGUACACUGAUGCGGAACUCGCACAUCAGUGAAGUUGCGUUGAAGGCACUCCGCCUUGGUGUUCAUGGCACCGAGAGUCCCGUUGCGCAGCCUCCCCAAACAGUCAAUCCCGAGUCGGAGCUUGUUGACGAGUCAAUCGUCGUUCGCGACGCCGAUGGCUCAGCCCUCAUUACGCCAAUCCGUGGCUCCGUGGACCCCAGAGGAAGCGUGGCGAAUCUCGCUCCUUCCCAGAUGCAAAGCCUCGAUCUACCCGCAGGAUUUGCCACUCCAUCGGACCCCAUGAAACCCUCUCGACAUACGCUCACCUCCUAUAUCGCCCAUCUGGUGAACACUGGGAAGUGCGACAGUGUCGCCUCAUCCCUGUUCAGCAUUCUCCCCGAGCUGCAAAUCGUCAACCAUCCUGCCCAUCCCGGAUUCAAUGGUCAACCGCCCAGGAAGCUGCACUACAGAAAAGCCCUCCGCAAUGCCGCCAAACACGGGCCUCACGUCUUCGCGGUACUCGUCAACGCGCUAUGCAAAGCUGGCGAGAUCGGACUCGCCGAGCGCGUCUUCAUCCUCGCUCAGAAAGCCCAGAUGGCCAGUCGCAUACCGACCUUCCGCGAACAGGGUCACCGCAGCUGGACUCUCCCCGCCGCGGCGUACACCUCCCUUCUACAAGGCUACAUCGCACUCGCGCGCGGUUGCGUCCCUCACCCCAAGCGCCGCCACCAGCACGCCGGAACCGACCUCCUUCUCGAAGGCUGGCAGCCCCAGGCCCGCCCCGAGGAGCUCGGCUACUCCCAGUACGUCCACCUGGUCGGCGAGUCCCUGGCGUCCAACGCCUGGAGGCCCUCGAAGCGGCGUACGAGCCGGCACAACGCGCGGCUCCUCGUGCGCUCGAUGCUCUCCGGCGGGCGCAAGCAUUUAGAGGUCCAGAUCACCAAGCCGGACAAGAUCUGGCCGCGCCUGCCGCCGCACCCGCCGCGGCCGUGGCCCGCGCUCAAACCUGACGCACGGUUCUUCAACGUGGCGUGGCGGCUGUUCACACCAUCGAUACGUCGCCAUCGCUGUGGUGGUCGCGUCGUCGCUUCGCGCGGCAGCGACGCGAACGGCUUCGGAUGGAAUGCUGCGGACUAUUCGAUGAUGCGGCUGCUCGUGCGCUCCAUGGCCACACACGGGUACGACGUACCUCGGGCGUACCCGCGGCUGCUCGUGGCCUAUAAACGCCACGGAGUACGACGCGGGAGGGAGAGGCCGGUG